AGUCAGCUCCGAAACCGGAUAGUGAGACACAUGUAGCAUCCAUGGAACUCAACGCAUGGGAGACCGUAGGGAGAAUUAUCCCAGCGGGUGAUCCCACCGGGGAUAUCAACAAAAGGGAUACAGCAUACAGCAUAAGGAGCUUAAAAUACAACGCCUUUUCUUUUGCAUGUCAGUGAAAGCGUUUGGGAGACUACAGUAAAAAAUAGAAAACUGCACCAAAAAAAACCUUGCUUUUUUUUUCUGUGCUUCAUUUUUAUUGUUAUGGGUGCUGAGUUUUCCUCCUUUCAAUGCUUACUCGUUCCUUUUCCUUUACUAUUUCUUUAUGUCACGAAUACCCGGCAAGUCUUCCAUCAUAAGCGGAAGUCGACUAGCGAAACCUCCGCAUAUGCUUGAUACCCGACCCAAGUUACAAACCAUCCGUUCCUCAUCCCGCUCGGCAGAUGAACGUGAUCCGUCUCACUUCAUGCCUCGUUCCUCAUUAUCUUCAGACACCGAACAAAAUUCCCCUCAACCGUCGUUAAUCACACCACCAACUACUCCUUUUAUCAGCAAACCGACUUCGAGACGACAAGUCUCCUCCGCUCAGCGGUAUGCCACGCCCGUUGAUUCAGCGGAGGCCGUUUUCACUGUUGGCACUCGUGUCCAGGUUAAAUCUCUCAAUAUCGUAGGCACUCUUCGCUUUAUAGGUGAAACGCGAUUCAAGACCGGUACUUGGGCCGGUAUUGAGGUCGACACCGUGGGUGCAGGCAAAAACGAUGGAUCGGUUGAUGGAAUCUCUUAUUUCUUGUGUGCUCCACGCACCGGUAUCUUUGUGCUAGCUUCCAAAAUUGUACCUGCACCUUGUACCCAAAAGAAUAAAGGACAUCGGCGGAUCAAUGGAAAUGCUGCUUCUACACGGAUUGUUACCAACGUUACUCGUGCCCAUACAACCGAUGUUCGGCACUCGCCCUCCCAACCGGCAGGCUUGCCUACCUAUUCUGUUGUUUCAGAUCUGCCGUCUCCUGCUACCACACCAACGAGUAUCAAUCAACCGGACAGUGAAGCAGAAGAAGACCACGGUUCUACAACGAAAAUCCUUAAACAUUUCCCGCAAACAGUAUCGCCACCAUAUCGAACCAGCGCUCCAAGUCACGCCGAUACCCAGACAGAAUUACAAAACCCUCUGCAGCAAUCAAUCGAUGCAUCGGCUUACGAUAAAAUUGAACAGCUAUCACAUGACAUCGACAUGCAUAUGAUGGAUAAAAAGCGCUUAUUAGACCAAAUUAGCAACUUGGAGCUCCGCUGGUUAGAGCACGAAGAGAAGGAUCUCGUCAGCCAAGAAAAGAUCAAAAAAUUAGAAGAUGAAUUAAUGCGGACGAAACUCCAAUUGGAUCAGAAAAAUGAAAAAUCCGAAGACCGUGAAAAGCACAUUAACCACCUGGAGGAUCUGGUAGACGAAUUGAAGAAUGCCGGCUUGGAAAGCAUCAAUAUGUACGAGAGUUACUCUCAAUUGCAUCGCGCCGAUGUGCAAGCACUCAAUGAAAAAGUGGACGCGGAGAUACGCAAAAACCAAGCUCUACGGGAAGAACGAGAUGAUUUGCGGAAAGCCGGUCUGGAUGCCAUUGAAGUGUACGAAACAACUAUACAAAAUCUGAGAAACGAGCAUACACAGCGACUCAUGGAGGAGAAAAACAAGCGAUCCGAAUUAGAGAGCAUUUUGGAAGAGCUACGGAAACAGAUGACCUCACAAAAAGAACAAUGUCAAUCCGCUAUCCAUUGGCAAGAACAGUUCGAGCAACUACAGAAAGCAACUGAAACCGAAGAGUUUAUUCAGAAUCAUCCAGUUUACCAGCGUAUGCAGCAAAAGUUUGAUGAUGCCCAAAAAGAAGCUGACCGCCUUCGGGAUGAAUUGGACAAGGCAAGACUUGACUACGCCAAAGAGAUAGAAGCUCUUCACGGCAAACAGAAUGAUACCGAAAAAUUACGACGACGAGAAAUCAAUACCCUAUACCGAGAUAUUUCGAAUUUGGAAAGUUUGAUCGAAAGCAAAAGUUUCAAAGAAGCUGAUUUAAAGGAAUCACUGGCGAAAGAAAAGCGGAACAUCCAACGGCUACGAAGUGAGCUCAACUAUCUGAAGCGACGUCAUACCCAUAACCAGGGAGGCUCGCGUAGUAGCAGUAGUACAUGGCAAAUGAGCCGCCGCCGUACCACUCUCACCACACUAUCAACGUCGCUGUCGUCUUCCAGUGCAUCCGAGGCCGAACUGGAACCAAGAGAAGAUGAAGAUGCUUAUUGUGAGAUUUGUGAACUUACUGGUCACGACUUGAUGAAUUGCUUGGCUGUCAUCGAAGACCAACGACGCCGCGCCACCUUAACCAAGAUAGCUACUAUUUAAUUGCAUAUUGCAGCCUUUUUCUCUCUACUACUAUUGAAUAUUCUGAUAAUACUAUAAUUCACAAAUCCGAUAAUGGAUCCCUCUCAUCUGAUUUUCUGCAUCCCCAUAAUGACCCGCACCUUUUUCAAUAAUUCGCACCUCCCAGUCAAUCCUUCCUUCCUUUACUGCCAUAUCACUCCUUACUUCCAAUCAUGUGAAUAAUUUUUUGACAAUGAAAACAAAAUAGAAUAUGAUAAGCGGUAUGAUGCCAACAUUCGGCGUAAAACCAUAUGCUAUGCUGAUUGUUUUGCUAUUGACGAUAAGAAUACCCC